AUGUGUUUAUAUCUCAAUCCAACUGUCCCUUAUCAGCGCAUGCUCCCUGAAACAGCAGGUGAUGUCAUAAUAUCAGUGAGGUUCUAUCUGGGCCUACUGAUGACUCUGACAGAGAUUACAAUCAUCACCUUUGUCAAAUGCCAACUCCCUUCAGAGUGGAUCACUAAAGCCCACUGUGUCAGACUGAAAUUUGCAGUACUUUACGAAUUGUUGAUGAGGACUUCACAAGUGGAACAAAAUGGACUGGCAGGCCAGAUCCAGCUCACAGGCUGCCAGUUCUACACCCCUGAUCCCUAUCUGGGAAUAGCCAAAUGGCUGGCCAUCUACACCUCUCCAAUCACAUUGCUGGUCCUCUACAGAAGAGGUCACUUUCACUCACAUGAGUAUAUGCAAGAGAGAGCUGUUCUGAUCCUCAAAGCAUGUGCCUGCGCUUUCUGCAUUGGCUAUUUCCUACGUGGCGUAGGACGUGCAAUGAAUUCUGCAUAUACUGAGUUCUACUCUGAUUUCAUCAAAUCAUGGAACUCAAGGGAUAAGCAAAGGCUCUUCAAAACUUAUGACUUUGAGAUGUCUCACUGGAAGACAGACUUCGUGAGCCAAGCAAGAUCCACUUAUAAGGAGCCUUUUUCCAUGAACAUAUUUUCUGCUCUCCUUGCUCAUACUUUGGGGAGGUGUCUCAUGUAUCCUGGUUCUACAUCUAUCCUUAAUGCCAUCAUGCAACCUCACCUGACUGAAGCUCGGAGGCAAAUGUUGAUUGAGCAUGGUGGAGAGCGCUUCUACCUUGGAACUCCUGAUGGCAACAAAAUUGAUGCACUCCUCAUUGAUCGCAGAAAAAGAUCUCCUGGGCAUGGACCAGAAUACCUCAUCAUUGGCUUUGAAGGGAAUGGAGGUUACUAUGAGCUUGGUGUCUUGUCAACUGUCUUGAGGAAAAACUACUCCAUUCUUGGUUGGAACCAUCCAGGCUUUGGAGGAAGUACAGGAUUGCCAUUCCCACCACAAGAAAGAAAUGCUUGCAACACAGUGAUGGACUUUGCCAUCAAUGUUCUUGGAUUCCCACCUGAAAACAUCCUUCUUGUUGCAUGGAGCAUUGGAGGUUUUACUGCAACUUGGGCAGCCAUGACUCAACCAAAUCUGAAAGGCUUGAUAUUGGAUGCUUCAUUCGACCAUGUGAUGCCCCUGGCCCUCGGACAAUUCCCAGGUUUCUUACAUCCAGUCAUCAAGAGUGUUAUUGUCAACUACUUUGAUUUAAACAACACUGCUCAGCUGCACAGAUACCAAGGACCAGUCUUGUUCUACAGACGCACCAAUGAUGAAAUCAUUUGCUCUGUUCCUGGAGAUUUGAGGACCAACAGAGGAAAUUUCCUAAUCUACGAUUUCCUGCAAUAUCGCUAUCCCAAGAUUUUUGAUGUUGCAAAAGAGCCUAUAUUCUUUCAGUGGCUCAACUCGGAUGAAGGCAGCAGAGGCUUAGCAGACUGCUUAACUGUCACCUUGAACCCCUCUACUGGCAUCCCUGAGAAAUUCACCUGCAUAUCUUGUAACAGGCCAGUGUACACUUGGAAGACCUUGAGGCAACUCAUUGCACUCCUUUGCCUGAAGAUAGGUUUCAGUUUCCUUGGGACAUUGCCCAAAACGCACCUGAAGUAUUCCAUUGCACAGCUGGUUGAGGCAAUAAGAAUGCGCUUGGAGCAGGGUUGGCUCCAGGGGUCUGAUUCAUGGCGGCAUCCUUGGAGCCCACGUGGAGUGGUGGAUGGUGCCGGCGUUUAUAUCCAGUUGCUUCUUCAUCUGGAACCGAAAUGGUAUUUGAGGUGUCCUCGAAGAAACCAUGGUGGGCCUACUGAGGAGGGGAACAGUGGAGUGAAGUCUCUAUUUGGAUGUGGACAUCCAGGUUGCACUGAAAAGUCCUAUGUUGUUGAAUGUGGCAGAUGCACCACAAGGUAUUGUAUAACACACAGAAAUCUGGAAGCCCAUCAGUGCCCCCUCUUGGACCCUCCAAAGGAGCAUAUGCCAAAGACAAAAGCUUUAAUAGAGGGCAUUAUUCAGCAACAGAAAUCCCAGAGCACCCAAGCAAGAGGGCAUAAAUCCAAGUCAAUUGCAAUGAAGGUUGCUCUCAUGAAACUGAAGCAGCAAGCUGAAGGCCCCAAGGAUGUACCCCAAGAUGACCGAGUCUACAUGCGAAUCCUACUGCCAAAUUUUCUGCAGACUAAGGAAUCCAAGCCUUUCUUCUUUUCAAAGCAUUGGCCCGUUACUGAAAGUAAUCAGAUGUGGAUAAGAAUCUACCAUUUAGCUGGUAAAAGUGCAUACCAUGUUGCGGUCUUGGCAGGAACAAUUGGGAAGGAUUAUACAGCAGCACAUUUCAAGUAUCAUGAUGAUCCCUACCUGAUUCCUGCAUCUAACAUCAGCAAACGAACUUUUGCUUUGGCAAAAGAAUCAGGCCGCAAAGCAGCUCGUUGGAUAAGGGACCACCAUCAGGAGUUCUUUCAGCAUAAAGAAGCCCAGCCUGACAUUGAGGCUUUUCAUCCAAGGGUAACCUAUGAUGAGAAUUCAGAGAUGAAUGUGCAGCUGCUGACUGAACUGGUCACUCAAGGAGAUCUUGGUGAUGCAAAGUUUGUGUAUGAGUCCUUAUCAAAAAAGGGAGCAGAAUUGCCAGAAAGUCUGAAGCAGAGCUUCUUGGAGCUCAUUUGUUACUACAAUGAGGUGGAAAUGCCUCAUGAAGAAGAUAUGGAGGAACGAUGGUUCACUGCUGUACAGCAGAAGAAAGAAGUGAGGAUAAAGAGUUGGAGGGAUGGUGGUCUGGCUGAGGAUGUGUUUGCAUCAAUGAAGGAAAAGUCAUCAAAAGCAUACUGCACUUUGAUGAGAGGCAUGGCUAAAUACUAUCAGGCAGAACGAGCUUGGAAUAUGUAUCAAGAAGCUGCUGGGAAGGAGGUUGAAAUUGAUGUCGGAACUUUCAACAGCCUCAUUCUCAUCACCCGUUCCUUAAAGGACAGUGAAGAGCUGACCUGGGAAGUCCUAAUGGAUCUUCUGCAUGAUAUGAAGCGAAGGGGCCUCCAACCAAACGCAGAUACCUUGAAUGGGAUUUUGGAGUGCUUGAGCACUAUAGGCUCAUGGCCACUUGCCAAAGAGAAAGCUCUUGCUACCCUCUCUGAGUUUAAGCAUAUAGGCUGUGAACCAAGCCUUGCCUCCUUCUAUUUCCUCCUCCUCAUCUUUUGUCGAGAUAGAUAUCCCAAGAAUGGCAUCUUGAGAGACAUUCUCAAGAACUUGAGAGGCAAAACCUUGACUAUUCAGCAUCCCAAAGACACUUACUUCUUUGUGACUGCCAUGGAUGUGGCAUGCAAUUAUCUUGGUGAUGUUGCAUUAGGGAAGGAGAUUCAUGAAUUUCUCUUGGAUGGAAAUAAUUAUGACUUUGUGGGGGACUCCUAUAAGGAAUCUAUUUACUACCGAAACUAUUUCACCCUCAUGUGCCGCAAUGAACCAGUGGAUGAAUUCUUUGAGAAAACAUACUAUAAAUUUGUGCCACAGAUCUACACACCUGAACCAUCUGUUCUCCUGGCAAGAAAUUUUAUUGAGCUGUUGUCAAUGAUUGAUAUGACAGGCUCUGCCAAGUAUUUGCCACAGCUAUGGUCAGAUAUGGUGGUCUUUGAUCAUAUUACUCAGCAAAAAUUGAUGGAAGCCUUGUUAUCUGUUUUAUAUAACAACAAACCUUCUACCUCUGAUGAAAGCAAGGAAGCACAAUGGGUCAGGGAGAAGUUUGCUAUUAUAAUCAGUGAUCUGUGGGAACGUGUUGAGAAAAUUAUCAAAGAGAAGCUUUACUCAUCCAUCCAAUGGACAGGGACAAUGGUUGGGAAUGUGAUUGAGGUGAGUGUGGCAUGCGGAAAGCCAGACCUUGCAUGGGAAUGCAUGAAGAAACUGCAAGACGAUGAAAUCAACAUUCCAGGAUUGCCUUCUCCAGACACAUUGAAGGUGGCCUUCUCUGCAAUUCUAGAAACUCAGAACAUCUCUAGAUGCCUGGCCAUCAUCAGAUAUGCUUACAACUGCAGCUACCUGGACGAAAGUGAAGCAAUGGCCCAUGAGCUCAAGAAUUCUGUACCUCUUGACAUGGGACAAAGAAUGAAAAUAAACAACCUUUUUGGGAAGAAGAUAAUACCUGGGCCAGAGGAGGAUGAAUCCACGGGUGCGGCCGAAGAAAGAAACAGAUGACAGAAUUGAUGCAAUGUUUCUGUCUCCUUGGUCUCUAGCAGUUCAAUACAUUUUGAUACUUCGACC